AAUUCUCUCUUAAACUUACCGUUGUCAGGGGGGUCCUCGAGGCUGGUUGUAGCAGUCUUGCUCAGCAACCGCACCCGACUUGAGCUCGAGACAGGAGUGUGCUGAAGCCAGCGCAAUUGCUAGAGCAUCCUUGAGAAGCCACAGAAUCACAACAAUAAUUUCGGUCUGAGGAAAAUACGACGGUCAAACAUCGUCGCUUCAUCGCCCGGCUGAUAUAGCCUACUGACCUAAAGAAAAAGCGUAGGGACAAUAUCAUUCAUGGAAAUAAAUUAGAAGCCUGCGAGUCUAAUUUGUUUUUUUGUUUUUUUUGGUGGGACAACAGCCUUUUGAACCCCAAAAUGGCUGAGAUAACCAAUUUAAGACCAGCAUAUGACGUGUCCCCGGUGCUGGCGGGUUUCCUGGGCGCCGGGGUCCUGGUGGUCUCAGUCACCGUGGCCGUCUUCCUCUGGACCUGCUGCCAGCGUCGCUACCGUCAGAUGACGGGCAGAUACAAGCUCCAAUCAGGACCCUGCGACCAGGCCGUGGAUCCGCCCUACAAGUUCAUCCACAUGCUCAAGGGAAUCAGCAUCUACCCGGAGACACUUAGUAACAAGAAGAUCGUCCGUGUGGGUCGACGCCCGGGCUCCUCGGGAAAUGGCGGCGGAUCCGGCGUCGAGUGGGGUCGUAAUGGUGAGCGAGGAAGAGGGGGAGGAGGAAGGGUGAUGCUAGUGGACGUCGACCCAGAAACGGGCCUGCUCAACAGCUCCACCAACCUGCAGAUGAGCCACCUACUGCCCCCUGCUGGACAGCCUAGGUUAGAGCAGGCGCUGCCCAUCCGCUCCGACUACUGCUGCCUGGAGAGCAGCUCCAGGGGUAACAGCAGUAGCAGUAGCUGCGACGUCAGCAAGACAGCCUCGCCCUUUACCCCGUGCCAGGGGGAGGGAAACACCAUGCCGCCCGCUGCCCUAGGUACCCUCAGCCUGGUCGUAGACUACAACUUCCCAAAGAAGGCGCUGGUGGUGACCAUUGUUGGCGCCCAGGGUCUGCCCGCCGUGGACGAGCAGGCGGGUAGCUCGGACCCCUACGUGAAGAUGACCAUACUGCCAGAAAAGAAGCAUCGGGUCAAGACCCGCGUUCUGAGGAAGACCCUGGAGCCAGUGUUUGACGAGACGUUUACGUUCUACGGCGUGGCCUACAGCGCACUGCCUGACCUCACGCUGCACUUCCUGGUGCUUAGCUUUGACCGCUUUGCCCGUGAUGAUGUCAUCGGGGAGGCGGCGGUACCCCUGGCAGGGGUGGACCCCAGCACGGGACGAGUCCACAUCACCCAACAGAUCAGCAAGAGACACAUCCAGUGUGUGAGCCGUGGGGAGCUGCUGGUGUCUCUGUCCUACCAGCCUGUCACUCACAGGCUCAAUGUGGUGGUGCUGAAGGCCAAACACCUGCCCAAGAUGGACAUCACUGGCCUAUCAGGCAACCCCUACGUGAAGGUGAACGUGUUCUACGGCUGCAAGCGCAUUGCCAAGAAGAAGACGCACGUGAAGAAGUGCACGCUCAACCCCGUUUUUAACGAGUCAUUCAUCUACGACGUGCCCGCCGAGCUGCUGGCCGACAUCUCUGUGGAGUUCCUGGUGGUCGAUUUCGACCGUACCACCAAGAAUGAAGUGGUGGGCCGCCUGGUGCUAGGCGGCCAGAGCCUUAUGCACACUGGGGUCACCCACUGGAGAGAGGUCUGCGACAACCCCCGCCGGCAGAUUGCCAAGUGGCACAACCUGGGCGAGUAUUAGGACAGCUCAGAAAUACCCGAAAAUGUUAAAAAAUCGUGCAGUUUCUCGGAGUGGAUAUUCUGUCGAAAAACCACCACCGCCACUACUAUUUGAAACCUAUUCUCUUCGAAAAAUAAAAAAUGAUAUAAAACCCUUCCUGCCUGAAGUAAAGAGACCCAACCAGACCACCGGGACCCCACCCAGCAUGGACAUGUAUGGUUGGACCACUCACUUCUAUGAACAAUUCCCACAACCAUUCAGACAACCUUUCAGGAAUCACUGACGACAAAAAACUUGAUUGAAGAUUUCAAAACCAAAAUCUGAAUAAUAUAUUUGAAUGUAUACACAAAUAUAUAGCCUUCACAUUCAAUACUGUUAGUGUGAUCCAUGUGGUCCUACCGGUUGGGUGGGUGUGUGAAGGGGCUGUGGUUCAUCCAAUCAGAGUUCACAACAGAGAGUGCAUCACAACCCUACCCCUGACCCCCCCCCCUCCUCCAGCCCCUGCCACCCAUAGGUAUUAACAUUCCUUUACUUGCAUGCUUGAACAAGUUCAAAAUAAAACACACCUGGGAAGGAAGAAUACAGUAGGUAAUACUCUCUCUUAAUCUUAACCUGGGCUGCAUUUCAAACUCAUAAAAGACACCCUCCUCCACUUACCUUCGCCUUAUGCCCUUGGGGGAAUCCCCGUGGCCAUCUUUGUUGUUGGUCCAAAUGAUUAGCCAAUGAAGGGAAGUUGGCAACGUAAGCCCCUCGGCCCUCGUUUUUGAUUGUGUUUGCGAGUGUACAAUUAUGUUCACUCUGGGCAUGAAAAGCCCCAUAAUUCAAUUCACGACGAUUGUACAUCCGCUAAGAACAGUCAGCCAAAACUUAAAACCAACAUUAAUAUGGAGAAGUCAACAUACAAGUGUAAGGAAAAAGAAUGUACAUAAGUUAGAAAUUGUGUUACUAAUGCACAUGACGGCUCAAACACCGUAUCAUAAAAGUAUUGAUGUUUUUGUUUGGUUAGCUUUUGGAAAUGUUAACUUGCGCACAUAACGUUCUCUGACAUCACAUUUUUACAUUGUCAUUUUCCAUUUACCUGAUAUAACUUAGUAGGAUGGCUAACAUUCGAUGUCUGCAGAUGCGUUGUCUUAAUUGACUGUAGCGCAUAUAAGGCACACACACAACAGUUCCAUGUGACUGAAAACACAACCGUGGGAUGAAAGAGUGACACAUUUCCGGGAAAGAACGGUCCAUUUCAAAUGAAUGAAUUCUUCCCUUGUCCUGCAAGUGUCAACUCGUCAGACGUCAUGAUACGUCAUCAGAAGUUUCCACUUCAUUUGAGGGCUGAGGGGAGAGGGUGUGUCUUUUAAGUGUUUGGAAUGCAGCCCUGGUGUACCAAUUCCCUUUAAAUCAGGAAGUAUCCCCUGGUACUGCACAGGAUUUGGAGGGCUUAUGUUAAUUAGAGGGUGUGCUUAAUUUAUAUUGCGAUGGGGCAGUUUUUUAAAGUAGGGAAAUGUUUUUUUUAACAGGAGUGGUAAUAUUAGAGUCAUGGUUAAUUUAUGGGGCAGGAUGGGGUACUAUAUUUAAGUAAUAAGGCACGAGGGGGUGUGGUUUAUGGCCAAUAUACCACGGCUAAGAGCUGUGGUAUAUUGGCCGCGAUGCGUAGUGCCUAAGAACAACCCUUAGCCGUGGUAUAUUUGCCAUAUACCACAAACCCCUGAGGUGCCUUAUUGCUAUUAUAAACUGGUUACCAACGUAAUUAGAGCAGUAAAAAGAAAGGUUUUGUCAUACCCGUGCUAUACAGUCUGACAUACUACAGCUGUCAGCCAAUCAGCAUUCAGGGCUCGAACCACCCAGUUUAUAAUACAGUAUUUACCAGGGAUAAUACAGUUGUUGCUAAGUGUUUAAGUUAUAUUCAGGUAAGGCUAUGGGGCUAUCUUGAUGAUAUUUGUCACUACUUAUGUUUCUUUUUUUCUAUGUGGAUCAUAUGUUUCAUCAGUAAGCUCACAUGCAGCAACAAUAUCCAUGAAAGUCAAUAGUCAAACUGCAUGUGUCAGAGCUUUUGCAUGCACAGUGUAACAUGGGCUUGAGUUCAAGCUAGCUCUCUUAGAGACAGGUAUAAAAUGGAGACAUUCAUUUUGUGGGGCAGAUUCAUACCAACACUGGCAUAACAAUCAGACAUGAUUAACUUUCAGUUCACGUACAUGUUGGAAAACCUGUGUUCAGUAUAUUACAAUGUGUCUAUGAUAAGUGCAUUGUGGAGCUAAUCAAAACAGUUGAAUCUAAAUUGAGGGGAUGGAAUAAAACUCUGCCAUGUCUCAGUGAUAUCCCUUCACUGAACCCUCCCUCAGUAGCAGACAAGGUUAGUGGAUUGGGUCUGUCCCAUUACAGUAAAUGAAUGAUUUCUGGUUUUACUUUGUGACUGCUGUUGCUCUCGCUAUCAUUUGAUUGGUGCAUUUAUUUUUAUACCUGAUGUGAGGCGAGGCUGUAGUCAUGUAGCAUGGGUAUCUAUAAAUCACUGGACCUUAAUGUACCGAAACCCGUUGUUUAUAGUACAUCUGUUGUCAUAGUGACCAAAGGACCAUGAGUGUAUCUGUAACUUUGUGUCUGUAUCACCAAUUUUACCAGUAUAACCAAUUUUACCAGUAUAACCAAUUUUACCAGUAUAACCAAUUUUACCAGCGAGAGCUUCGUAGUUUAUAUGUUGUUCCACAGUGGCCACUUGACCCUGUAUACACUUGCCUGGCAGUGCAUUACUCCUGUUAAUUUAUGUGAAUAAAUCAUUCAUUUGAAUUAUUAGAAUUUAUAGCCAUGCUACUGGUAACAGCUCAGUAUAUCCUCGUUUGAACUCUGCAUCUUAAGAAUUGUACAUUCAUUUUUAUUCAAUAUAUUUUGUGUGUGGUGAA